GAAGACCGCCGGAGUAAGAAUUCAAUCAGUGAAGAAAAGCCGGCGACUUCCACAUUUUGCCGGUGAAUAUGGCCGUCGAUGACGAGGGUAUCUCGACGCUGGUCGCGGUGGCUUCCUGCGUCGCUAUGGCACUAUUCUACGUCUUGAUCCUUUACGCUCCCACCGUGAUUGUCCGUCUUCCGUCGGCUUCUUCCUUCUCUGAAUUCAUGAUCCGGCGAUUCAUUUGCGCUGCCGUAUCUACCGUCGCGUCUCUCGUCUUCACAGCUUUCAUACUCCCUAUAAAAAGCUGGGAGGCCUCUCUUAUACUUGGAGUUUAUGGCAUAAGGAAAGAUCAUCUGUGGCAAGGAGUGGUGUAUCCUCUUCUACUGACCUCGCUCAUUUAUUCCGGAUCCUUGGUCUCCAAGCUGUUAUUACUCCUGGAAUCAUGUAAGGAAAAUGGAGGAGGAUGUAGCUUCUUUAAUUACAUCAUAGGCUUUGUCCAAACAACCCCUUCUUUGGUAGUGACAGGUGCUUCUAAUGUUUCCGUGUGGCGCAAUUUUGUCGUGGCACCAUUAACAGAGGAGCUGGUUUUCAGGGCCUGUAUGAUACCUUUGCUUCUCUGUGCUGGGUUUAAGAUCUACAGCGCCAUCUUUCUCUGCCCAAUCCUCUUUAGCUUGGCUCACUUGAACCAUUUUAGAGAAAUGUACAUCAGGCAUAACCGCAGCUACCUCAAGGCCUCACUGAUUGUUGGUCUUCAGCUUGGCUACACAGUCGUUUUUGGUUCAUAUGCAUCGUUUCUCUACAUCAGAACCGGACAUCUCGCUGCGCCUUUGUUCGCUCAUAUAUUCUGCAAUUACAUGGGAUUGCCUAUGUUAUACGCACAAGGAAAAGGUUUGGUGAGUGCAGCUUUCUUAGUCGGUGUGGUCGGAUUCGUCUCUCUUCUCUUUCCUUUAACAAAGCCUCUCAUGUACAACGAUAGAACCAACGAUUGCCCGUGUUGGCUUGGUUAUUGUUUGUGGGAUUCAAAUGUGCAAUCACAUCUAUGAAUUUUAACAGUUAUUCAUUCAUCAAGUUGUUUUUAACAGAUUGUUUAAAAAAAAUAAAGAAAUAACGGAGUAUUAGUUUGGUAUUUACGCUUGUAAGUAUUGAUUUGUG